AUGGGUAAAACACAGAAAAAGAAUAGUAAAGGUCGUUUAGAUCGCUACUAUUACCUUGCCAAAGAGAAAGGAUACAGAGCACGUUCUUCAUUCAAGAUUAUCCAAAUUAAUGAGAAAUAUGGACAUUUUUUAGAGAAGUCGAAAGUUGUGAUUGAUUUGUGUGCUGCUCCAGGUUCAUGGUGUCAGGUUGCUUCUAAUUUGUGUCCCAUCAACUCCUUAAUCAUUGGUGUGGAUAUUGUUCCAAUCAAACCACUUCCAAACUGUAUAACAUUUCAGUCUGAUAUCACUACUGAGGACUGUAGAUCUAAACUCAGAGGACACUUAAAAACGUGGAAAGCAGAUACUGUUCUUCAUGAUGGUGCUCCAAAUGUCGGUUUAGGUUGGGUCCAAGAUGCAUUCACUCAAUCUCAGUUGGUGCUUAAAGCCUUAAAGCUUGCAGUUGAGAACUUGACCCAAGGAGGAACAUUCGUUACCAAAGUUUUCAGGUCGAAGGACUACAACAAUUUGAUGUGGGUUUUCCAGCAGCUUUUUGAAAAGGUAGAAGCAACCAAACCUCCAGCUUCUCGUAAUGUCUCGGCUGAAAUUUUUGUGGUUUGUAAAGGUUUCAAAGCGCCAAAGAAAUUGGAUCCCCGCUUGUUAGAUCCUAAGGAGGUCUUUGAAGAGUUGGAGGCAGGAAAAAUCAAUAAUGAAGCGAAGGUGUUCAAUCCUGAAAAGCGUACUAGAAAGAGAGAAGGUUAUGAUGAAGGGGAUUAUUUGCAAUACAAGGAAAUGCCCCUUUCAGAAUUCAUCAGGGACGAUGAACCGAUCAAUACUCUUGGAACUUUGAACAAACUUGCAGAGUAUGAAAAGGAGGAUACUGAAUGGAAGAUGCUUAGAAAGUUGAGGCAUUGCACUCCCGAGUUUCGUGAAUGUAUCAAAGAUUUAAAAGUUUUAGGAAAGAAAGACUUCAAAUUAAUUUUGAAGUUUCGGAAGGAAGCAAGGGCACUUUUGGGACUCGACGAUGAAGAUGAAAGUGGACAGCAACAGAUCGAAGUUGAGCCGCUCACUGAGGAAGAGCAAAUUAAUCGCGAGCUUGAACUGUUGAAAAAGAAACAAUCCCAAAAGUUGAGGAGGGAGAAGAAACGCUCAAAUGAGCAAAAACAGAAGGAAAUCAGACGUAUGCAAAUGAACAUGUUAACCGACAUGAGUAUUGGAAUCGAAGCCGAACAAAUGGGUUCAGAUUCUUUAUUCAACCUAAAGAGUGCAGAAAGAACUGGACAAAUUGAAGAUUUAGCAAAAGGAAAGAAAAGAAUGAUCUUUACUGAAGAGGAGAGGGCGCGGGGUACCGAAAUAGAUGCUGGUGAUGAGCAGUCGGAUCUUGAUACGGACGGUGAAUUAGAUUCCUUGGAGGCCCAAAUGGACGCCAUGUAUGAACAAUUCAAGCAAAAAAGGGCAGAAAAAGAUUCAAACUACAAGGCAAGGCUUGCUAGGGGAGAUCAUGAUGAUGAUGCGUGGGAUGGAAUUACUUCUGACAAGGAUAAUAGUGACGAAGAGUACGAAAAGGACUUCGAAAUGGAUAUUGAUUCAGAUGAUGAAUCUGACGACGAUGCCCAAAUCGAAGCUAUUAUUGAAAAAAAGAGAAGGGAAGAGCUUUCAAAGAAUGCUAAAAUUUUCUUCGAGUCGAACUCUGUUUUUGGAGACCUUAAUGAGGACGACCUUCUCACUUCCUUCACCAAACCACAACAAACUCUGCUUUCCAUACCGGUAGCUUCGUCCAAGACAUUUCCGAAUGCAGACGACUCGUCACUCACAGAUGACGUGGAAUCAGAUUUCGAAAUUGUUGCUGAAGAGCAGGAUGUGGACAGUGACUCUGAAUACGACUCUAAUGAGGAGAAAUUAGGUCUGCAGUUGAGGAAGGCACAAUCACACAAGGAAAGAGUUGACUUAGCCACAGUCGAGGCCAUGACAUUAGCCCAUCAAGUUGCAUUAGGGAAGAUGAACAAGCAUGAUUUGAUCAAUGAAGGUAUCAACAAAUACUCUUUUAGAGAUCGUGAUUUGCCAGAAUGGUUCAUUGAGGAUGAAAAGAAACACUCCAAGAUCAUCAAGCCAAUAACAAAAGAAGCUGCUGCUGCAAUUAGAGAGAAACAGAAAGAACUCAAUGCCAGACCUAUCAAGAAAGUCUUAGAAGCGCAAGGUAGAAAGAAGAUGCGUGCAUUAAGAAGACUUGAGAAGCUUAAGAAGAAGAGCGACAUAAUUAAUGAGGACAGUGCUAAGAGUGAGCGAGAUAAGGCCGACGAAAUUCUGAGAUUGAUGAGAAGGUUGACAAAGAAGCAAAAGACCAGACCAAAGGCGACUCUUGUGGUGGCUAAGGGCAACAACAGAGGUUUGAGUGGAAGACCUAAAGGUGUUAAGGGUAAAUAUAAGAUGGUGGAUGGAGUUAUGAAGAACGAGCUGCGAGCAUUGAAGAGAAUUGCAAAAAAGCAUAAAUAG